UGUCCUGGGACGGGCCCUCACCCUGUGACCCAAUGACCUUCCGGUUCACACCCACAAUAACACAGAGUUUUUCACAUGUACUUGUUUAAUAAUACGUACAAACAUGCUGAACCAUUUUCUACAUCAGGUCACCCAAGAUGAAGCAGAACCUGUACUGGUAGGUCAUCCAGUAAUUGUUUACAUAUUACAGUGAACAGUGUCUCAAGCUAAAAUUUAGCCUUCUUCAACAGAACACUGAUGUCAAGCAGUUCACAAAAAACUUUAACUGUUUAAAGGUACUGAUCUUAUAAGACAACCUACACAGAACUGGCUUAUAAAUUUUAAACCCAGACGCCGGUAAAGUUAAUUCUUCACCCAUCACACUGGCCUUAGGUUCACUGCGGUAACUUAUUCUAACCUCCAAUCAUUCCCAUCCAGCUCCAGUUUCCCACAUUCCACAGGUGGCACUGCUGAGUGUGUGUGUGUGUGUGUGUGUGUGUGUGUGUGUGUGUGUGUGUGUGAGUGAGUGAGGGAGAGAGAGACUGGCUUUAUAGGGUGUGUGACACUCCCGGAGCAAUUAGACCCUUUGGAUCAGUGUUUCUGAAGAAGCGCUGCACCAGCAGGUCCUUCCAACAGUAAACGAUGCGCUUUAAAAAGAGCAGCGGAAGCCUGGAGCUGGGCGAAUGCAGCCGGAACCCGGGCUUCCAGGACGCGGAGGGCGACGGCUCGGCGCCGGACGCCGUCAGCGUGGAGCCCGCGGAGAAGCCGCAGGACGGCGCCGAGGCGUACACGCAGAUCAAGCCGUACGCCGGCAUGCCCAAGGAGGUCCUGCUGCUCCACUCGUCCCGGGCUCGGUACCGGGUGCCGCGCGAGGUCCUGUUCUGGCUGACGGUGGCGUGCACGCUGGCGCUGGUGGCGCUCACCGUCACCGUGAUCGCGCUGUCGCCGCGCUGCCUCAGCUGGUGGCAGGCGUCCCCCGUGUACCAGCUGUACCCACGCUCCUUCAAGGACUCGGACGGAGACGGGGUGGGGGACCUCAGAGGAAUCAAGGAGCAGCUCAAUCACUUCCUCUACCUGAACAUUAAGUCGGUCUGGAUCAGUCCCUUCUAUCGCUCCCCCAUGAAGGAUUUCGGUUACGAUGUGGAGGACUUCCGAGACAUCGACCCGCUCUUUGGAACCAUGCAGGACUUCGAGGAGCUGCUGGCUGAAAUGCACAAUAAAGGCCUGAAGCUAAUCAUGGAUUUCAUUCCCAACCACACCAGCGAUCGACAUCGCUGGUUCAACCUGAGUCGGCUGAGGGAUCCUCACUACGAGGACUUCUACGUGUGGACCGACUGCAGUGCAACUGGACCAAAGCCUAAUAACUGGGUGAGCGUCUUUGGGAACUCGUCAUGGACCUAUGAUGAAGUUCGGGGACAAUGCUACCUGCACCAGUUCCUCAAAGAGCAACCGGACCUGAACUUCAGAAACCCACUUGUUCACCAGGAGAUGACCGACGUUAUUCGCUUCUGGCUGGAGAAGGGAGUGGACGGCUUCCGCAUGGACGCCGUGAAGCACAUCCUGGAGGCCGCGCACCUGAGGGAUGAGCCACAGGUGGACUCAAGCAAACCACCAGAGUCUGUGACUACAGAGUGGGACCUGUUCCAUGACUACACCUACAGUCAGGUGGGCUUACACGACCUGCUGAGGGACUGGAGGGCAGAGCUGGACGCCUACAGCCGCGAACCGGGCCGAUACAGGUUCAUGGUGACAGAGUCCUACGAUUACCAGGAAAUAGAGAAGACCAUGUUGUACUACGGCACGCGGCUGGUUAAAGAAAGCGACUUCCCCUUCAACUUUUACCUGCUGGACAUUCCUCAAAACACCAGUGGCUCAUGGGUUCAACAUCUGGUCCACCUCUGGAUGUCCAACAUGCCCAAAGGAAAAUGGCCGAACUGGGUGAUUGGGAACCACGACAAACCUCGAAUCGCCUCCAGCGUUGGUCCGCUCUACACCCGUGUGCUCAACAUGUUGCUGCUGACCCUCCCAGGGACGCCCACCACCUACUACGGCGAGGAGAUCGGCAUGGAGAACAUUAACGUCACACAGAGCGAGAUACAGGACCCUGCUGGCAAAUACAACGCGAGUGCCAGUCGAGACCCUCAACGGUCUCCAAUGCAGUGGAGCAGUGACAUGAACGCAGGCUUUAACAACCAAACUAACAUCACCUGGUUGCCUUUACAUCCAGACUACGCAAGUGUCAAUGUGGAGGCGCAGAAAAAAGAGGAAGGUUCUGUUUUGGCCCAGUACCGCUUCCUGAACACGCUGCGUCAGUCAGAGCUGGCCCUUCACCGCGGGUGGUUCUGCUACAUCCACACUGACGCCAGAGUCUUCUCGUACCUCAGGGAGCUGGAUGGGCUCAAUGCAGCUUUCCUCAUGGUCCUGAACUUCGGGAAAGAGUCUGCCGUCACAGACCUUUCGUCUGUUCGGGAAUUGCCAGAUCAGAUGACGGUGCUGAUGAGCACAAGCCAAGUCAGUAAUGGCAAGGUUGUGCAAAAGUCUCGCAUCCCGACGGAAGCAGGGGAAGGUUUGGUGAUUCAGUACUACACCAGCACUCGGUUUAACCCCAACCACCCCAAACAGUGUUACAUCUCUGAGAAGGCGUGUUAUUUGGGAGUCAUGGACAUUCUCUAUAAAUGCUAA